AUGGAUAAUAUUGUAUUCAUUGAUGAAAAAUGGUUUUAUAUGAUGAAAAAAUCCACCAAUUAUUACUUGCUUCCGGACGAGGAUGAGCCACACAGAACAUGCAAAAGCAAAAACUUUAUAAGUAAGGUUAUGUUCUUAGCUGCAGUGGCUAGACCUAGGUUUGAUAGCGAAGGAAAUGAGACAUUCUCAGGAAAGAUUGAAAUAUUUCCUUUUGUGAAUGAACAACCAGCCAAAAGAUCUAGCGCUAAUAGGGUUGCAGGGACACUAGAAAAUAAGCUCAUAGCAUCUGUGACAAGAGAAGUGAAUAAGAUGUUCCUAAUUAAUCAUGUUUUACCAGCCAUCAAGAAUGUAUGGCCAAAGGAAGAUGAAGGGAAUAUAAUACUCAUUCAACAAGAUAAUGCAAAGUCUCAUGUUGAUAAAGAUGAUGAAGAUUUUUUCAAGCAGCAAAUGAAGUAUUUACAACAUAAGGAAUCAACAAAAACAGUGGAUGAUCUUAUUAAGGCAGUGGAAAAAUCAUUUGAUGAAUUUUCUAUAAAACAAUCUGAUAAAAUUUUCAUGACUCUUCAAUCUUGUAUGGUUGAAAUAAUGAAGGCCAAGGGCUCAAACAAAUACAAAAUUCCUCACAUGAAAAAAGAUGCUAUGUAUAACCAAGGUAGAUUACCAAGUCAAUUGAGUUGUGAUUUAUCAUUUAUUCAAGAGGUUACUCAGUAUCUAGAAAAUGUAAAUGCUUCUUAA